AUAUUCUAAAUAUUUUUUUGGAAUACUUUUAGGAAAAAUAUUUUUAAAGUAUUCUGAUUACUUUAUUCUGAAUACCAUCCAAGACUGGAUAUUGUGCCUAAUUCAUGACCAGAAUCCAGCUGAUAUACAGUUUUAAAUUUUAAAACAUAUUUAAAUAAUUUAUACGGUUCUAUUACGUAAGCUAUUUUUACUUAAUACUAUUUACGGUAAAUAGUAUUAAAAGUAGUUUACCAUGAAAAAUUGCUAUUGUAGAUUACUAAAUUACAGUAAUUGGACGCAUAUAGUAUUAUAGUAUCCACUCAUUAAUUGCUAUUUACAACAUAUACCAUGACAAUAUAUGACAACGAGUGUUUAAAAAGAUGUCCAUCUAUUGGGCUAACGUCCCAUAGGUAAGGCACUAUUUUCAUUCAACCUAGCCAAAUUGAGUUAGCCAAUUAUUAUUUAUUAUAAUUAAAAUUAUAUUUUAUUUUACAAAAUGUAUAUGGUCCUAUAAUAUUAUAGUUUUAUCUGAUUAUUAAUUAAAUACCCACAUUGUUUCAUUUUCUAAACACGUGUAACUUAUUUUUGUCGACCAUAUACGCCUCAAUAAUAUACAAUGCUUAUUUACGUCAAUUAUUAUGCAUUUGUCAACAAUUACAGCGAUUUCGUCGUAAACAAUUUCGUUUCCUCAAUAAAAUAUACCUCAAAAAAUGCGUGGCCAAUGUAUUUUGCCUACCAAUGUAGGCAUAGGCGCAAAUAGCGUCUGUGAUUUGAGGUGGAGGUGGGGGGGGGCUAAAGCCUUACUUUGAUAAUAGGGCUUAGCCCCUAAAGCCCCCUCCCCCCUAUUUGCACCUAUAGAUAUAAGUAGGUGUAUAAUAUGUCUUAUACCUGGACUGACAUACUGUCUCCGCUCAGAAUCGUUUUUCUUAUACAAUGAUAUUAAAUCAUUGAAUUCAAAUUUAAUACCAUCCAUUAUACAGUGACCCACUUGUAACCUACUGUACAGCAGAGCGACAUCGCAGGAUAAAACUGUCCAUUUUUACACGCCGUAUAUAUCUAUUUACCCACCUACUUAAAACAUUUGAACUUGUUAUUCGUAUUUAGUUAUUAAAUAUUACUGAUGAUUCACGUAGGUACUCGGCUCCAAACUGUUAUAGUACCUGCAAGUUUAUAAUAAGUACGGUUUUUUUCCGUGGCUAUCAGCUGAUCUUUUCUAGAAUCAAAGUAUACUUCAUAUUAGAUGAAAAAAUAUUAUUAAGACAUAUUGUAUAUCUAAUCUAAAACGUAUCAUGAAUUCAAACGAGUGAAUCGUUAAACAUUUUAAGCUAUAACGAUCACAAGACUAACCAACGUAAUAAUGAUUUAAUAAAAUUUUGAAAAAAAAAAACGUUCGUAAUAAUUACUUUGAAUAUAGAGAUAUUUUAAACAGACUAGAAACAUUUUUAUUGCUCCAAAAGGUAUGUCAUACAUUGAAAAAAAAUAUGUAUCAUUGUAAAACUUCUCAGAUUACACAAGAGCUUAAUAUCAUAUUGGAACAAUUUUUAAAUACGCUUCUGGUCAUGACACAGCCGACGCGAUGUUGUUACAAUUUCGUAUAGUAAAUAAUAUCGAGUAUAAUCGAUUUCGUAUGAAAUACAAGGUCUUCGUGUUUUUCUAAUCCCCACAUGAAAACUAUUGGUAAGGUUAUUUACAAUACGACAGUAUAUAAGCGCCGGUCAUCAUCUUUCAUAUCACAGUCAAAGUUUGGUCUUCUAACCAGUAGUUGACAACGGCAUCAAAAUAUUAAUUCUUAAUACCUACUUUUGUGCACUUCGACAUUAUUUGUUGUAAAUUGUACUUUCUUUUUCACUUCAAUUUAACUAACAACAACGGCAGCCACAAUGAAUUGUGUUCAGAUCUGUUUGAUGUUGGCUACGAGUGGCUUGGUGCUGGUUUCGGCCAACCCGGGAGGAUCAUACAACUACGCAUACAACUCGAACGAUGCAGCCACCGGGGAAAUCCGUGAGACCAAAGCCUGCAAUGACCAGGUGGUAUAUGACGACCAACCGACAAUUGUGGCCUCCAAAAACUUUGUCUCCGAACCCAUCAUCGCAUCGGUGACCUCAGGACCGAUCAUUAACACUGAAUUUGUUUCCUCGACUCCAGCAUCAAUCUUGCGUUCUGAUUUCGAUUCUUUCCGGAUCGUGGCCGCCGCCCCACUGUUGGAAACAAAAAUCGCCGCUGAAUCACUGACGCACGUUUCUCGUCCCGCAUACGCCCCUCUUCCCAAGUACUCCGCACCGAUCACCGUUACCGCCGCUCCGAUGUUGGAAACUAGAAUUGCAGCUGAACCACUGAUGUAUGCUUCUCGUCCCAAGUACUCCGCACCGAUCACCGUUACCGCCGCUCCGAUGUUGGAAACCAGAAUUGCAGCUGAACCAAUGAUGUAUGCUUCUCGUCCCGAAUACGCACCUGCCGCACCUCUUGUCAAGUACGCACCUCUUGUCAAGUACGCAAGCCCCGCACCUCUAGUUGUGUCCAGACCGCAAACUCCGAUCGUGCACGUCCAAGCACCGGCCCAAAUCAUCAAGUCCGCCCAACUCACGUCACACUCAUACAAAUCGAUCGUCAACCACCCACAGGCUCCACUUAAAAUCGCCGCCGUCGCGCCUCAGUACUACGCGGCCGCACCUGCAGCACCAGAAUAUUAUGCAGCACCCGCCCUGGCCGCAAAGGAAUACCACGUGGCCGCUCCCGCAGCACUGGAAUACCAUUCAGCAGCCCCAGUCGCGUGGCAAUCCGCCCCCGCACCGAUCACCGUGAAGAUCGCCAACCCCGUGGUACACGCCAAUGUUGCCUUGCACCAGGCCGCCGCACCCCUGUUCGCCCCGUCCACACAGUACAUGUACCGCAGCGCUGCGUCUCCAGCGAGCUCGUACCAGUACGCCAAACACUGGAACAAUUACGAACAGUUGGCCGCCGUCGGUCAAUUGCGGUACUCCGCGGCCAGUCCACAGUACCAUUCGUCCAUGUACCAGCAGCCUCAAUACGACUACGCCACCGCGACCCAAGUACAAAAUUUGGGCCAAUACGAUGGCCAGGAACAACCGUGCGAAAAAUAGACGUCGUCACUGACCCAUAGCAUCUUAUGAUUUGUCGACUUAUUUUCCUAUGUCAAUUAUAUUAUAAAAAUAAUUACGCUAUUAUA